AUGGACCUCAUCCGAAAGAUUAAUAGGAAUCAUGGUUUGGGCGACCGUGACAUACAGCGUUCUGGCAACGAUCCAGUGGUAGUGUUGAGAGGCAAGUUGGAAAGAGCAUGCGAGAGGCUAUCGCGAGACUUGUACAACACCAAGACCCACUUCCUCCUCGAGUUCAUCCAGAAUGCUGACGACAAUGAGUAUGAUCCGCACGUCGUUCCCAGCCUGCAUUUGCACCUCCGCGGCCGUGAAUUGACCAUUAGGUGCAACGAGAAGGGCUUCCGGGUGGACAAUGUGGAGGCGAUCUGCGACAUAGGCAGUAGCACCAAGAGGAGAGAGACAAGGUCGGAAGGCUAUAUCGGCGAGAAGGGAAUAGGAUUCAAGGCUGUCUUCGUCGUGGCCGAACGAGUCCACGUCGCAUCGAGGGAGUUCACCUUCCGAUUCGACCGCGAUGGGCCGCUAGGUAUGAUUAAUCCAAUUUGGGAUGCGUCGUAUCCUAGCGACCCUGGGUGGACGACCUUUCGCCUGAACAUCCUCCACACCAUUGACAUCAACGACCUACGUGAACAAAUCCGGAUCAUUCAUCCAUCACUGCUUCUAUUCCUGCGGAGGCUACGUGCCAUUGACAUCGACGUUGCCACGACCAACCAACCAACUGACGGAAACACUAAGAUCACCAUCUCUAGGAUAGACGAACUGGGCAAUGUCGUCAGGCUUGAGUGCCACGAAAACGGAUGCGUUACAUCUAGUGCAAAGUAUAUCGUGUUCAAGCAGACCACGCGGACUUACACAGGCGAAGAGAAGCGACGGGGCAUAGGGGAAAGCGAAGUUGUCCUCGCCUUUCCUGUCACGGCUGACGGAGAGCCUGAGAUGGGCAACCAAUUCGUGCAUGCCUUUCUACCAGUGGCUAAAUAUGGCCUCAAUUUCGUCGUGCAAGCGGAUUUCCUGACGCCAGCCAGUCGAGAGGGCAUCGUCAUCGACUCGAAGUGGAACUUGUCGCUUUUCGACGGCGUUACUGAAACCUUCCUGCACGCAGUCGAGCAGUUUCAGCAGGAUCCAGUAUUGCGUUACUCUUGGAUGCGGUUCAUACCUAUCCACGCGCAAUCAGCAUUCUCCGCAGUGGCCGAGGGUAUGAUAGCGAGGCUGCAGACCCGAGAAGUGUUGCUCUCCGUAGACGGACGUUACCGACGACCGGAGGACGUCGUCACCAUCCCCAAGGGCCUCCGCAUCAACCGCACCGAGCCGCUCAUUCCUCCUCAAUAUCUCCUUUCGCUCGGCGUCAAGGCGUUGUCUGACCAGCACUUCCUCGAUGGUCUCACUGCGAUGGAUCGCGCGAACGUCAUUGGCGCACAGACCGAACAAUGGCACAACAUCGUCUGCGCUCAUUUGAGUGAUAUGCCGCGGAUCAAGGGGAAGUUCAGCCAGCAGAUUCUCGAUCUACGCCUGCUUCCCCUCAAUGACGGCUCCUGGCGGCCAGCGCGAGAGGCCGAACAGUACGUGUUCAUGUCCGAGAUGGAUAUGCUGCAGGACAUGGAGUUCAAGUGCAUCGCAAAUGAUGUGAAAGAGCAUUCCGCAAGAUACGCUUUCUUCCAGUUGCUAGGUGUGCGUCGCGCUGACACAAACCUCAUCGCGACCAAGAUCCUCUUGCAAGUCAGAUUGUCCUCAUCAGUGCCGACGCUGAUACGCUACGCACGUGAUGGACAAACCGGACAUGUCGCGAUGAGUGAUGAGCUCUACCUAGACGUGCCACUGGAGGGCAUGCCCGGCCACGAGGUCAAGCUUCGUAAUGUCCUGCCCUCUGACGUGCGGUUCUUGCACCAGGACUACGUCGAGCUGUAUCCUGAAGACCGUUACUGGCUCUCAUGGCUGCAGGAUUGCCUCGGCCUCCAUACUUCGCCGCGGAUCGUAUUAGGACGACUAUCGCCCGAGAUCUACUCCAUGGCACGCAACCUCGAAACAUCGAAGUUCCUCGCUGCUCUCCGCGCGUUCUGGCCGCAGCUUUCGGCGAGCAUCUCUCCCGCCGGCAUAAUUGACAUGUCCAACAUUGAAGUCGUCUGCGAAGAUGGCGUAGCAUACCCUCUGGCAACCACUUCCCUGAAACGACAGAACCUAGCCUGGCUACCAGCCACACUCUCAUCUUGCCUUCACUUCCUGCCACUCCCUGAUCCCGAUGAUUUGAGCUGGAGCUUCUUAACUAGGGUCGGCGUCACUAUGGAAGCAAACGCGGCCGCGUGGAUCGGUAUGCUCUUCCGACUCCAGGAGAUGAACAGCGCAGAUGAGAAGACGGUCGUCAGUGUAUACCAGCAGCUUGAUGCUAGGUUCAACGAGGCGGCCGAUUUUAUCCGCGGAUCUUUCUACCAGUAUCCACUCAUACUCGUACCAUCAGACGGACAGAACCGUUCAGUCGCGUCGUGGACGAGCUGUUGUGACGCAUACUGGGAUGGACCGUCCACUCUCCGCUCCAAGUUCAUCGUGAAGUCGAGGUAUGCCGCCCUGGAAGACUUAUUUAGUCGGAAGCUGCUACUGCAGAACGCUCCCCUUGAAGUACUUGUCGAUGAACUCAGCACAUUCGCUGCUGAACACGAGGGACGUCCUAUAGCGGGGGACACCGUUCAGAUACUGGAACAAAUGCUCGUGGAUAUAAGCCAGUACAUCGCGUGGAAGCCUGCAGCGCAAUUCGCUCUCCUCGGCCUGGCCGAUAGAGCGAUCUUCCCCGUGCAUAUCCGUGGGGAAAUCCGACUUCAAAGGAUUGACGAGUUCUUCGUCUCGGAGAAGGGCAGCAAGAGCGUGGAGCGGUUCCGGAACUCCGUCCCCAUACUGGCGUUCUCUAGUGCACAAACGCUGAGUCAACUGCGGCCAAUGCUGGAGAGCAAUAUCUGGCCGAGUCCUCUGCGAGUGCUCGAAACGUCUCUCACAGCGAAAUCGAUCCCGCUCGGCCCGAAGACUCUCGACCAAGAGAAUACCGACCUGUACAGCGGCAGAUCUGAAUACGUACAACACAUCACUCAAUACUGUCCAUCGGCCGGGCAGAUGGAGUUUCUAGCGAAGAUGAGGAGCACCUCCAUCUACGUCGUCGACACAGUCAUCGUCAUGUGGUCCUUGGCUGGGAACACAGUCAAUGUUCAGAGCGACGUCAAGGUGGCCAUCGUUGAGACAGAGGACUCGGUGAUCUUCUAUGUUUCGAAGGCGUGCGCAGCCAUGCCGCGCACCCGAGAUCGCGAGAUUUGCAGUCUCCUCGGCGACCGUGUGGCGAUUGACAAGCUUGCCCUUCUGCAGUUCGUUUCCAUGCCGUGGGACGACUUGCUGCUUUACCUGGAGGAUGAAGGUGUUGACAUCAGCACGUGCAUCCCACAGACAACGCAGGAAUCAACGUACGAGCAAGAGCAGGUCAAGGUUGAACCGACGGUAUCGUAUCCUGUGCCACCAGAACCACAACAGUCCCCAGAGCCGACAGUAUCCCAACGGUCUCAACCCUCAGAGCCACAAUACUCUCCGAAUCCGGCAGCACCGCCUUUUGUGCCAUCCAACUCGACAAACGCACCUGCCGAAAGACAGCGGCGGUCUGCAGACGUUCGGGAUAAGAAUACCGAGAAGCCGUCAGCAUUCCAUGCGAGCCCCAGUCGAGUGCCUGCAAGAGAGCCGGAGGUUCAGAAUCAAGCCUGGCGUACACAGCCUGCAUCGUAUCCAACUCCGGCUCUUGCUCCAGCUCAGAACAAUGCUCACCGCAGACGGGCGUCUACGCUUGACCAGCACAUCUUGCAGCAGCUGGAAACGGCAUCAAGUACAACAUCGGUACCCUUCGCGCCUGCUGUUCCUCCGCAGAGAAGGGAGCAAAGCGCAGGGAAAGGAGAGAGUACUGGAGGCACCCCGUAUCAAGAAAGUGAACGCGAUCGCGCGAACGGCGUCCUUGGCGAAGUAUACGUAUUCCACAUGCUACAGCGCAUACUAGGACCCGGCUUCACUGAGAAUAAUUGGACGAGCGAGUUGCGAGGUCAAGUGCCUGGCUUCUCUCCAUUUAAUGGACCGUCGAUCGCAGACUUCCAAUACAAGGACAAGGACGGCGUCCUGACCGACCUGUGGCACGGAAAGAAGCAAAGGAAAUCAUGGAAAGGCCGCUGGCCAACCUACCACUUCGAAGUGAAGACAACGUCCGGCGCUGCCAGCGAGCCGUUCCACAUGAGCUAUGCGCAGUUGCAAGCGGCGAGACAAUGCAGCAUCGCUGCGCGGGCGAGUCACGGCGUACCCCAAGAUGUGUACGUGAUCAUCCGUGUGUCGGAGAUCAAGAGUGCUCAGCCUAAGCACGACAUCUACCUCGAUCCCCACAAGUGGUUCUACGAGGGAGGACUGGUCAUCAGAAGCGACAUCGAAGCGAGCCCCCCAUAA